UAACAUAGACAAAAGAGAGAGAAAACGUCAUAGAUAUUUCUAUAGCUAUCAAUUUGAAGCAUUAUUAAAUACUAUCAGUGAAGAUGGUGAGUACAGUGGGCUCGAGAGUGGAAAGCUUAGCCAAGAGUGGUAUCCAAACAAUCCCAAAGGAGUACGUGAGGCCAGAAGAAGAACUGAUAAACAUGAGUGUCGACGUGUUUGAAGAAGAGAAGAAGCAGGAAGGGCCUGAGGUUCCAACAGUGGACUUGAGAGAGAUGGACUCACAGAAUGAGGAGGUGCGAAGGAGUUGCAGAGAGAGGUUGAAGAAAGCAGCAGAGGAAUGGGGAGUGAUGCAGCUGGUGAAUCAUGGAAUCCCAAUGGAGCUCAUGAAUCGGCUCAAGAAAGCUGGCGAGACUUUCUUCGCUUUGCCCAUAGAGGAAAAGGAGAAGUAUGCCAAUGAUCAGAGCUCUGGGAAUGUUCAAGGCUAUGGAAGCAAGCUUGCCAACAAUGUCAGUGGACAGCUUGAGUGGGAAGAUUACUUCUUCCACCUUAUUUUCCCCGAACACAAGCGUGACUUGUCCAUCUGGCCUAAAACACCCUCUGACUACACUGAGGUUACAAGCGAGUAUGCAAGGCAUCUGAGGAAGCUUGCGAGCAAGAUUCUGGGAAUGCUGUCACUUGGACUCGGACUAGAAGAAGGAAGGCUAGAGGAAGAAGUUGGAGGAAUGGACGAGCUUUUACUCCAGAUGAAGAUCAACUAUUACCCAAUUUGCCCUCAGCCUGACAAGGCUCUUGGAGUUGAAGCUCACACUGAUGUAAGUUCACUCACUUUCCUUCUUCACAACAUGGUGCCGGGGCUGCAACUUUUCUACGCCGGAAAAUGGGUGACGGCGAAAUGCGUGCCGGAUUCCAUCCUCAUGCACGUCGGAGACACCAUUGAGAUUCUGAGCAAUGGCAACUACAAGAGCAUUCUUCACAGAGGCCUCGUGAACAAGGAGAAGGUAAGGAUCUCUUGGGCUGUGUUCUGUGAACCACCCAAAGAGACAAUUAUUCUGAAGCCACUUCCUGAGCUUGUCAUUGAUUCACAACCUGCUCGUUUCCCUCCUCGCACUUUCUCUCAGCAUAUUCAACACAAGCUGUUCAGGAAAACUGAGCAACUAGUACCUGAUGAUGACGACCAGCCUAAUUAAUUAAUGGGUUAAAAGACCUUUUUUUUUCUAUUAACUUUUUUUUGUUAAGGAAUCGUUGGGUGCACUAAAUUAAAAGAGAGGAGUACAUAUCUCCUUAAAUAAUUUUUUCAUGACCAAAAUUUCUUUUCCUCUAGAGAUCCACCAUCUUGUUAUAUGUUGGCCUAUAAUAGUUGUGGGAUACCCACACAAUAAUAAUAAGACAUUUUGACUAAUUUUGUCAUUAUUCACCGCUGAAAUCAGGCUUAGUUGCUGCCAUUCUCAUUGUGAUUUCUAUCCCCUUUAAACCAUAUUAGAUGGUUAACAUGAAUUAAAAUAUCUUGUUGUUAUUGUACGUGAAUCCCACAGCUAUUCCAUGUUAAUAAAUAAUAAAGGAGAUGCUGGCUUUCUAAUAAAAAAAGUAAUUUUGGUUCUGAAAAAUUGUUUAGAGAAUAUUACACUACUUUUAAUACAUGAUGCUCGGCGUUCUUAAGAAAAAGUUUAGAAAGAAAAAUGACUUUCAAUCCCAUUUGAAAUUAUUGCUAUAUUUGAUUCUCUCCUAUGUUGCUGUAUGUGCGCUACGUAAUAGCACUGUCCAGUUUUGCUUUCGUGAUGAUAUUUGUCUCUUGUGGUUCAUCUUCAUCUUUGGGUUUCCUUGUCGUCAUCAGUACUUUUCUAGUAAUAAAGAAUAUUAUUAUCCUGGUGUACCA